UUGUUUUUCUUAGAAUUAAAAAACCGUUAAAUAUUAUUUACAUUAGAAACUUGUAACCCAUUUGAAGUAAGCGCUAGUCCACAUCAACUUAAUAGCUCAAAAUUUGUUAAAAAAAUAAUUAUAAAAAUGAAUUCAACUCCUCCGGAAUUAUCUCGUAAUCUAGCAUUACUAGAGAAAAUUUGGUUUGCUGGCACAUUAACUGACAAAGUAUUCAAAAAAAAGUACAAUUCCAACCAAAUUAUGGCUAUUGAUACAUCCCAGGCAUGCAAAGAAAUUAAGGAAAUAAUAAAAUCAAGGAAAGAAAAAGUCAAAAGCGAAUACAGCCUCUAUUUAGCAUCGCAUCUGGGUUACGGAGUCACCAAAUUAAAUAAUUAUCAAUGUCUAAUUUUGGAAGACCGUAUGACGAAAUUGAUUAAAGAAGUGGAUGCGUCGCUGAAAUCAGAUAAAGAUGAAUCUACUCAACUUUCUGGAGAUGGACCUUUGUCAAGUAUUGAUCUCCAAAUACCUGACAUUGAACUCAGUUUUGAUGAACACCUUCCAAAAGAUGUCAAUUUACUUCCGGACGAUAAUGAUGAUCUUUAUAUUGCUGAAACGGCUAGAAUGGAAGAAGUAGCUGGACCAAAUUUUGGUAUGAUGAUAGUUGAAGAUUGGAAUAUUCUCUUAGGAACUUCAACAGAUACUGAUUCAAUCCGUGACGCUAUUCGUGAUCUUGAUAUGACAUUUAAUGAAGACCUCUCUGCGCCUAAUCAACUUUCAGAUCCUACACGCACUCCCAAGAGACUACCUAACCAGAUUAACAUUGAAACUCCUUCUAAACGUAUACGUAGAACACUUGAUCAUUCAUUUGGAGAUGAUCCAUCAUUAGUAAGAACAGAUCUUGAUGGUGCUGAAGAUUCGUCAGUUCCUGUAUUUGAGAGCAUACAGCCAAUGGCCAUGGACGUAUCAGUAGAAAUACAACCUGAACAAGAAGCUCCAGCACAAGAAGCUCCAGCACAAGAAGCACCCGUUGCUUCCGUAACAGAAGUCUCAGCUGGUACUUUGGAAGAUCUUCCUGAAUUAAUUGAGGAGCUUAAAGUUUUAGCUCCAAAGUCACGAAGACGUAAAAAGACUGGAGUGAUAAUCGAUGACAUCACACAGAUACCUGGUGAUAUUAUUAGAAAAAGCCAGCAAAAUAAUAUUUAUACUGUGUCUUUCAAAGCUGUUAGAGCGAAUCCAAGUCAAGCUUGGCUAUCAGCUAAUGAUUUGUUUAAUCGGUUUGCAACUAUAGGGUCCAGGAAAUUCCGUUCUCUUGGGCGUCCUCUGAUGGCUAAUUUCCAGCAGCUAAAGCUUGGAGCUGCUUAUAAUGUCAGAGAUGUUGUUAGACGAGCAUCAACUGAAAGGACCGCUGAAUUAACUGACGGCAAUCGUCCCAUACCAAGUACUGUAAGAAAUCAAACAGAUAAGACUGCAGUUAAUAUUGAGGUACCAGAUCACGAGCUUUCUCCCCAAAACCAGGUAGCAGAGGAAGUAACUGAACCCACUGAACCAUUUGUUGAAAUUCCUUUCGAUGAUACUCACCCAGAACCUCCAGCUCCUAUCAUCGACAAUUCCAGUCAACCCCCGGUCACAAAUACCGAAGCUACUCUCGAAGCAGCCUUUGUUCAGUUGACCACCGAUGCGAUUGAUGAAGAGUCCAAUGAAUCAUUGAUGUCUGGACCUCCUAUUAGAAACAAUCAAUCGCACUCGAGAAGUCUAUCUGACAAAAUCAUCGACAUUGAAAACAUACCUGUUAACAAGAGAUUGAGUCCAUCUCCGCCAUAUAAGUGGACAAAAGCUGAUUUGAUGGCGCAGAUCGACAUGUUUGUGUCUCAAGGUCAUCAAAUUAUUCGCUUCGAUGAACUAAUUUCCAUGGAUGAUAACAACUCCCUGGGGAUCAUUAGAUUGUUAUUUCAUCUUCUCUCACUUGCAACUGAAAGCAAAAUAUCACUGGAUCAAGAUGAUGAUGAAACUAUUUGGAUCCAAAAAAAUUGAACUUUAAUUUAAUUUUUUUUUUUAUAAUAUUUUUGAAUCACAUUUGAAAGUAAAUAGCAUGAAGAAAAUCAGUAUUAUUACUGAGCUAAAAUUAAUUAUUUUUAUAAUUAAUUUAAAUGUUCUCAGUAUCAUUUUAAACAAAAAAUUAUUCUUCACCAAAGAUUUAUCUGAGACAAUUUUUAAUUAUUGCUUGUUAUUUUAUA